CUCCGCAAUGGUUCUUUCCAGUAAUGGUAGCAGAAGCAGCAUGGUAAAGAGAAGACAGCGUGGAUAAACAACAACAACAACCAAGCUCUCUGGAUUUAAACUGUUAUUUGUAAUAACAGCCACCUUUAGUUUGAGAUUUGAUCAUCUCUAAACCAAAGGAAAUCCGCAGAGACUCCGUUUCACAAUGCCUCAUCGAAAGAAGAAGUCGUUCAUCGAGAAGAAAAAGGCGGUGACCUUCCACCUCGUCCACAGGAGUCAGAGGGACCCGCUGGCUGCAGAUGAAAAAGCCCCACAGCACGUCCUGCUGCAGACCGGCAAGGUCGAAGUAGAGAAGAGGCUGGAGGAGCAGAGGGAGUUCGGCGUUUUCUUUGACGAUAACUACAACUACCUGCAGCACCUGAAGGAGCCAUCCACCCCCUUUGAGCUGGUGGCUGCCGGCGCAUCACACACUAACAGAAGAAAGACUCCUCUCAAGGAUGAGGAGGAAGAUGAUAAGGAGGAGGAGGAGGAGGUCAUUGUCCUGCCUGCUGCUACCCUGAACCUCCCCUCGUCGGUGUUCGCCUCAGAGUUCGAAGAGGAGGUGGGACUUCUGAACAAAGCCGCUCCAAUCUCAGGGCCGCGGCUGGACAUGGACCCCGACAUCGUGGCCGCUCUGGACGAAGACUUCGACUACGAAGACCCCGACAACCUGCUGGACGACGACUUCAUCAUGAAAGCAAACGUCAUGUGUGGAGCAAUGGAAGUAGAAGGUGGAGAUGAGGAAGAUGAUGAUGAUGAUGGUGAUGAGUGGGAGGACACAGACGAGGAAGGCGACUUUGACUCAGAGGGGGGGUUUUCCGGUGAGGAGGACGCGGCGGGUCGCGCUAAAGAGUUCCUUUUCAUGGAUGAAGAGACGAAGAGUCGCUUCACAGAAUACUCGAUGACCUCGUCGGUGAUGAGGAGGAACGAACAGCUCACCCUGCUGGACGACCGCUUCGAGAAGUUUUACGAGCAGUUCGAUGACGAUGAGAUCGGAGCGCUGGACAACGCCGAGCUGGAGGGCUUCAUCCAGCCGGACAGCGCUCGCCUGGAGGAAGUCAUCAAAGACUAUUUCAUACAGAGAGGGAAAGAGCACUUGAGACCUGACGACUUGGGUCCCAAAGAACUUCCUGCCCUGAGAGAGGAGGAUGAAGACGAUUCUGAUGAAGAGGAAGAGAUGGAAACUCUUGUCAUCAAAGCCCCGGAAGAGAAGUGGGACUGUGAAAGCAUCAUCAGCACAUAUUCCAACAUAUACAACAGACCCAAAGUCAUCCAGGAACCAAAAAAGACGAAACCGAUCCGAGUCUCCCAGAAGACGGGGAUCCCUCUGGACGUCCUUCCUUCCAAAGGUCUGACCGCCAAGCAGGCGGAGCGCAUGUGUAGGAUCAACGACUCGGACCUGCCUCGAGUUUCCACUCAGCAACGCAGCAAGGAGGAGAGCAAAGAGGAGAGGAGGCAGAGGAAGAUGGCCAUCAAGGAUGAACGCAAGGAGCGGAGAGUGGAGAAGAAAGCCAACAAGGUGGCGUUCAAGGAUGAGAAAGUGCGGCAGGAGAAGCAGAUGUUGAGCCUGAGAGCCAACGUUCAAGGCCUGAAGCUCUGAGAGACAAACUCUGCCCACACUGACUUUUCUUGAGGCGCCGUCUGUGGACACGCUGCUCUUCACUUCAGUGGAGGAGAUAAACGAGUUGGAUGACUGAUGGGGAGCCGAGGCUCAAAUAUCCUCUCCUGCUACUUUAGUGGAGGAGAAAAUGAAUUAAUUGACAGUGAACCAGCUCAGGUUUUCAGGAUUUCUAAAUGCUAGGUGCUGAGUGGAAGGAGGAUUAUUAAAAAGUUGUGUCAAGAUUG